AUAAGUUUCUAAAUUUACCCGAAAUUUCUAAUUAUGUGACAAAUAAUACGGAUAACGAUUAUAUGGUUUGUAUAGAUAAGGCUAGCUUUUCAUGGACUACAACAACAAAAACAAUACAAACCAUUAAUGGAGAUGGAGAAGCAAAUUAUGAUAUGGAUUAUAAUAGUGUUAAUACUGAAACAGCGGACACAAUCAAUACCGCCACUACCAACAACAACAGCAACAGUAAUAUUAUUUUAGCUACUGUUCCACAAAAAUGUUUGAAUGAUAUAAAUUUGAAAAUAACUGACGGUAUGUUUGUGGCGAUCAUCGGCAGAGUCGGAUCGGCAAAGAGUUCACUACUGUCGGCACUGUUAGGCGAAAUGGAUAGACUGUCCGGUAGUGUUAACAUUAGACACGGUGUUAGUAUAGCCUAUGUUCCCCAACAGCCCUGGAUUAUCAAUAAGACACUCAAAGAUAAUAUAUUGUUUGGCAAAGACAACGAUCCAGUGUUUUAUAAACAAGUUAUCAAUAGCUGUGCACUCAGUGAUGAUCUGAGACAACUGUCCUCCGGAGAUGAGACAGAAAUCGGCGAAAAAGGUAUUAAUCUGAGCGGAGGUCAGAAACAAAGGGUUAGUUUAGCCCGAGCUGUCUAUAGUGAAGCCGAUCUCUAUCUACUCGAUGACCCACUUUCGGCAGUGGACAGUCAUGUGGGACAACAUAUUAUGCGUGAAGUGCUUCACUCGGAAACCGGUUUAUUGCGAAAUAAGACCCGAAUUAUGGUUACAAAUCAAUUGUUUGUAUUGCCAUUCGUUGAUCAGAUAGUUGUCUUAAAAAACGGCAAAAUUGAAUCCAUCGGUACUUAUAAUGAAUUAUUGGAAUCGGACGAAGAGUUUCGUGAAGUUUGCAAACAAUCCGCAGUUGUCGACAACAAUGACAGUAAUAGCGGUGACUUAAUUGAAACUACAGCUAAAGUAUUGGUUAGAAAACGGAAAAUCAAUUUACAAACAAAAGAUGAUAUGUUGAUAACUGUCGACAAUAUUAGUAACGGUGGCUCUGGUAGUGGUAGUGGUAGUAGUGGUAGUAGUGGUAGUAGUGGUAGUAGUGGUAGUAGUGGUAGUAGUGGUAGUAGUAGUAGUGAUACCGAUAGUAUUAGGAGUAAUAGUAAUGGAAAAUUGAUUGACGAGGAAACGGCCCAAACCGGAAAAAUCAAAUUUAAUAUUUACAUGAAAUAUAUGAAAUCGAUGUCAAUAUUGUUUACACUAUUGAUAGUUAUGUUUAAUAUGAUUGGCAUUGGCUUUGAUUCGGCGGCAAAAUUCUGGUUAAGCGACUGGAGUUCAGACACCGAUACCAAUAAAAAUACAUAUUAUUUUGCAAUCUAUGCGGUCAUCGGUUUGGCUAACGUUGUCUUUAUUGGGAUCACAUUUUUAUCAAUUAUUUUCGGUGUAGUCUUAGCAGCCAAACGAUGGCAUCGGCGGCUAAUGUCAUCAAUACUACACUCGCCGAUGAAUUUCUUUGAUACGACACCAUUGGGCCGUAUAUUCAACCGGUUUAGCAAAGAUAUAGACGUUUUGGACACUCAAAUGAUACAGAAUCUAAGACUUGAAUCGGUCAGUCGGUCUUUCAUUUACAAUCAUUUCGGCGAAACACUGGCCGGCAUAUCAAGUAUCCGGGCGUACGGCUAUCAGAAUCGGGCCGUCCGUGAAUUGGACGACCGUAUAGAUACCAAUCAACGGUGUCUCUAUGCUAGUGCUAUGUCGUUGAGUUGGGUAACCUUACGGUUGGAAAUGAUAACAUCGUUGUUCAUGUUUUUUGCCGCACUGUUUGCUGUACUGGGAAAAGGGAGACUAAACGGCGGCUCAGUUGGUCUUAUACUAAACUAUGUGACCGAAAUUGCCGGCUCUGUCAAUACGUUUAUCAAUUUGACGGCAAUAAUGGAGAAUAAUAUGGUUUCCGUUGAACGAGUAGAUGAAUACUCGGCACUAAAACCGGAAGCCGACUGGCAUUCUAGUAGUGCUGACCAGUCGUCGGCUGUUAGCACUGUUGUCGGCAAUAAAUGGCCAGAAACGGGAUGUAUAGAGUUUGUCGACUAUAGUACCCGAUAUCGUGAGGGAUUGGAUUUAGUACUCAAACAGAUUUGUAUUAAAAUCGAUGCCAAGGAAAAGAUCGGAAUCGUUGGCCGCACCGGUUCGGGAAAGUCGUCACUGAGUUUAGGAUUAUUUCGUAUAAUAGAGUCAGUCGGCGGCAAAAUAGUGAUCGACGGCAUAGAUAUCAGUCAAUUGGGUUUACAUGAUCUGCGCUCUGGCCUAACAAUUAUACCACAAGAACCGGUACUGUUUGCCGGCACUGUUCGCUCAAAUUUAGAUCCAUUUGAUCGGCACUCGGACUCCGAGUUGUGGACAGCCUUAGAGCGAUCACAUCUCAAACAUUAUGUUUUGUCCGACGAAUCGGGACUCGACUUUCCAAUCAAUGAGGGCGGAGAUAACCUCAGUGUUGGUCAAAGACAACUCAUUUGUUUGGCCCGAGCUUUGCUCAGAAACACAACUGUCCUCAUACUUGAUGAGGCAACGGCUGCUAUCGAUGUUGAGACCGAUACACUCAUACAGACAACUAUUAGGUCAGAGUUUGCCAACUGUACUGUACUAACCAUUGCUCACAGACUAAACACUAUACUUGAUUCCGAUCGUGUGUUAGUCCUAUCCGAUGGACGGGUAGUAGAGUUUGAUUCGCCAACAGUUCUACUCUCAAACAUUUCAUCACAAUUUUAUUUAUUAGCAAAAAAUGCGGGCAUUGUUUGA